AUGGCAAAGUAUGUCAUUGGACUCGCAACGUUGACAGUGAUUGGUUCAGGUGCAGCUAUUGGUGGUGGUUUGUUGUUGGGUACAAAAUCAUCAGGUCCUACAGUGGAAUGUUCAAGAUAUUUCAUCAUACAAGAAAUUUUACCCUUUUUGGAAGCACAGGCUCGGUGUGCUGAAUUUAAUGGGACGCUGGGGAGUAUUAAUUCUGACGAAGCGUACUCUGCUGUGGACGCUUUCUUUGGGGAAGUUCGACCACAUGUAAAUGCGUGGGUUGGAGCUAAAAGAAUAUCCGGAGAGUACUUCUGGCUUGAUGGCAGUGAGUUCAAUCAUGCGAAGUGGGCGAAUAACCAACCCAACAACCAGGAUUGUGUAUACAAAGGAUGGAGUACUAACCACAGAUAUUAUACUGGUGGUUGCGGGAUGACACAUCCAGCCUCUCUGUGUGAAGAAAACGGUAAAUUUUAA